ACACAGGUUUACGUCAGGGCGUCACAGCGCCGCCUCCCCCUCCCUCAGUCUCGCUGGGAAGAAAAAAAAAAAACUUUUUUUUUUUUUGUAUCGGAGGAAUCAACAGCCGCCAUCUUGACGCGGCUCAGAAUCGGGAUUUCGGGGGGAGCAUUAAUUUUAAAAACCGACCGGAGCUGCUUAGACCGGGCUCAAACGGCUUUUUUCGUGCAUAAAAUCGAAGUGUUAGUUCUUCCGAUGAGAAUUAAUGCAAACAUGUGAGGGUUAAAUGGGUUUUUAUCGUCUCGAAAGCCCACUGUAUAUUUGAUUUCCCUUUUAGAGAGCGCCGCUUCUCGCCGUAUCUCCGUCCCGAGACGCUGUAUUUACCGGGAGACAGCGACGAGAAAAAUAAUCCACUUCAUAGAAAAUAUUUUUUGAAUUUUGCUCUUUUUAUUUAAGCCCGAGAUAGAUUUUAUGGCUGCUCGUUUCGAGUGCGAAAAAAAUGAUUGUGUACAGACGUGAAACCGGCGAUCUGCGGAGAAAGAGAUUUGCCUACGGCUUUUGUAAUAUUUUAUGAUUGAUUUUUAUUUAUUUUUCUCGAACUGAAAUAAUUUUUGGACGUAAUUAUUGAGGAUAAUUAUGUGGGUGUUGGGUGUUGGAUUAUCAUGGGGUGAUCUUUGGUGGCGAAGCGUGGCGCUGUUGCCUUUCUUUUGAAGCCCUUUUUCUCCAGGCAGCAUUUCGCCAGUCUGCCAGUCCAGAAAAAAAAAAAAAAAAAAAAAAAACUGUUAAAUUGCUCCUUUUACGCGUAACGAUAGGAAAAGUUACCAGUUAUCACGAGACAGAGGCCGACAACUUGGACUGAUCCUACUGUUAUUUUUCUGCAUCAUCAUCCAUUCAUAAAAUCUGCCGAGCAGGAUGGCUGACAAUCUGCUGGAUGCCGGACCCCCUACUGCAAAGCGACCUAAGCUGAAUUCACCUCUCUCAGGAUCAGAUGGCCCAGAUCUUGUAUCUCUGUUUGACCUGGAAAAUGACCUGCCAGAUGAGCUCAUCCCCAAUGGAGACUUGGGAAUGGGAAUGUCCUCUAAUGGUGGUCCAGGUGGAGGGGGUCCUGGUCUCAACUCCAUCGUUCCGGAUGCAGCUGCAAAACACAAGCAGCUGUCUGAGCUCCUCCGACCGGGAAGCUCCUCCAUCUUAGGAGGUGGCCCCCAACAGGGAGGCAUGGUGGGAAGCCAGCUCGGCGCUGUGCUUGGUAAAAGUCCACUGGGGCAGGGCUCUACCAAUCACCAGUCUCCCCAGGCCCAGAAAGGUGGUGCAGCUGCUGGACAAGGCAAUGGAAGCACAGGCAUGGGCUUCAACCAGGCCAUGUUGAACAGUGGGCAAGGUCACGGGGUCAUGGGCCAGGCAGGACAAGUGAUGAAUGGGGCUCUGGGGCCAGCAGGCCGGGGUAGACCUGGCAUGCAGUACCAGGGCCAAGGCAUGCCGGGUGCACAAGGACCUGGUGUUGGAGGCAGCGUGCUGGCAGAGACACUCACACAAGGAGGGCCACAGUUGGGUACACACAACGCAAUGAAUGCUCAGCAAGCUGGAAACAUGAAUAAGAUGGGGAUGUCAGGAGCACCAUUUGGCCAGCAGUACGGUCAGGCUGGGGUGCAGCAGAUGGGGGCAGCGGGGGUCAAUGCCCAACAACUCCAGAACAAGACAGCCCUUUCCAACAACCUGCCCCAAUUCCCUGCUGAGCUGAAGGGAGCUGGAAGUGUGCCAAAUAUGUCCCAGAUGCAGCAGCAGGUAGCCUCAGUGGGCAUGGUCCCCGGAGCUGGUGGCGUGUCAGCGGGCCCGACGGCCGACCCCGAGAAGCGCAAACUCAUUCAGCAGCAGCUGGUCCUGUUGCUCCAUGCACACAAGUGCCAGCGGCGGGAGCAGGCCAAUGGGGAGGUGAGGGCCUGCACUCUGCCCCACUGCCGUACCAUGAAGAACGUCCUCAACCACAUGACCCACUGCCAGGCUGGCAAGUCCUGCCAGGUGGCUCACUGCGCAUCAUCCAGACAGAUCAUCUCCCACUGGAAGAACUGCACGCGGCACGACUGUCCUGUCUGUUUGCCUUUGAAGAAUGCUAGUGACAAGAGGAACCAGCAACCCAUGCUAAGUUCCCCUGGGGCUGGCCUGCAGAAUGCCAUCAGCACCGUGGGGCCUGGCCAGCCAAGUGCCACAGCCAUCAGCAGCGCUGCCACGCACAUCGACCCCAGCUCCAUGCAGAGGGCCUACGCUGCCCUUGGCCUGCCGUAUGGGAACCAGUCCCCUGCUCAGGUCCAGGGGCAGGGGCCCGCUCAGCAAAACCCCCAGGGCCCACAGCACCAGCAGCUGCGAAAUAUGAACCCAUUAGGCACUAAUCAGAUGAACCAGAUGGCAGGAGGCAUGGUUGUCCCCUCUUCAGACCAGACUGGCAUGCACUCCGACUCCUCCCUGCCAUCCACACUCAACAAUCAGCUGAUGCCAGAUGGGUCAGUAGCAGGAGGCAUGGGAAAUCUGCCCACUGCCACCCCUCUCUCUGCUACUGGGGUAAGGAAGGCCUGGCAUGAACACGUCACUCAGGACCUGCGCACCCACCUGGUGCACAAACUUGUACAAGCCAUAUUCCCCACCCCAGACCCCGCAGCACUGAAGGACCGGCGAAUGGAGAACCUGGUGGCAUAUGCACGCAAGGUUGAGGGUGACAUGUAUGAGUCCGCUAACAGCAGGGAUGAGUAUUACCACUUCCUGGCAGAGAAAAUCUACAAAAUCCAGAAAGAACUGGAGGAGAAGAGACGCUCACGGCUCCAGAAACAGCCUGGCAUGGUGGGCACAGCUGGGCCUCAGCAACCUGGCAUGGCUCAACCCAACACCAUGGGCCCAGGACAGGCCGUCCGACCUCUCAAUGGACCUGUCCCGAUACCAAACAUGCCAAAUCAGACCAUGAACCGUAUGCAGGUGCCCCAAGGAAUCAAUCAGUUUAACCCAAUGGCAAUGCAGAAUGCGCAGAUGUCUCAGGCACCCAUGGGAGCACGUGCUCCCUCUCCCAUGAACCAUCCACAGCAGAUGAACAUGAGCUCCGUCUCAGCGAUGGGCAUGUCUCCGUCAAGGAUGCCUCAGACUCAAGGAAUGAUGGGAAGUCAUGCUAAUAACAUGGUAGCUCAGCCAACCAACCAGGGCCAGUUCCUGCCACAAGGCCAGUUCACUGCAGCUGCAGGUGGAGCAAUGAAUGUGAAUGUAGGCUUGGGCCAGCCCAUAACACAGGCUGCUGUCACACAGCAGCCGCAGAACUCUAACCUCCCUCUAAAUGCACUGGGAUCCCUCGGCUCCCAGAUACCCUGUGGCCCUGCAGCACAGCCCACCCUGCGUGCCACCCCUCCACCCAAUGCCCCUGCCAGCCUGCAGCCUCAGCAACAGCAGCUCCAGCAGCAACAGCAACAACAGCAGCACCAUCAUGCUUCUGCACAGGCACAGGUGGCGCCGCGGCCUUCCACCCCGGCUUCCGUGGGUGGGCCCUCCUCCACCCCAACCCAUGUACCCAGUAACCUCCCUGGCCCCCAAUCAGCCAUAGGCACACCCCCUGACCCCUCCCUGCCGCUCACACCCCUGCAGCCCCAAACAGAGCCCCCCAGCCAGAUGCAGCAGCCAACCUCAGUGCAGGCACAGCACCCCAGCACACCGUUAUCCCAGGCAGCAGCAAGUAUUGAUAACAGAGUGCCCACCCCAGCCUCUGUAGCUGAGCUGAGCUCCCAGCAAGCUUUGCCGGACGUGAGUGGCACUGAAGCCAAACCUGAAAUAAAAGAUGAAGAAGAUAACAGCAACUCUGGGAAGAAGCAGACAGAUAUAAAGAUGGAGCAGGAUGAUGAAACCAAACCCCUGGUGGUGAAGAAGGAGGAGCCAGAUGCAGUAGAGCCAAAGCAUGAACCAAUGGAGACUGAGGAGAAGAAGCCGGAGAUGAAGGUAGAACCCAAAGAAGAGGAGGAGAGCGGGGCCAACAGCACAUCAGCCACCUCCACCACUCAGAACCGCAAGAAAAUUUUCAAGCCAGAGGAGCUGAGACAAGCCCUAAUGCCGACUCUUGAGGCCCUCUACAAGCAAGACCCUGAGUCACUGCCCUUCAGACAACCUGUAGACCCCAUGUUGCUGGGCAUCCCUGACUAUUUUGAAAUUGUGAAGAAUCCCAUUGACUUAUCCACCAUCAAGCGCAAGCUGGAUACGGGUCAGUACCAGGAGCCGUGGCAGUAUGUGGAAGAUGUGUGGCUCAUGUUCAACAACGCCUGGUUGUACAACCGUAAAACAUCGCGCGUCUACAAGUACUGCACUAAACUGGCAGAAGUGUUUGAGGCAGAGAUUGAUCCCGUCAUGCAGGGCCUGGGCUACUGCUGCGGCAGGAAGUUUGAGUUCUCACCCCAGACGCUGUGUUGCUAUGGCAAACAGUUGUGUACCAUCUCCAGGGAUGGCACCUACUACAGCUACCAGAACAGUUCACCCAAAUAUGGCCUUAUUGCCGACAGGUAUCACUUCUGUGAGAAGUGCUUCAACGAGAUCCAGGGCAACAGUGUGACCCUGGGGGACGACCCAGCACAGCCACAGACCAUGAUAUCAAAAGAGCAGUUUGAAAAGAAGAAAAAUGACAUGUUGGACUCUGAACCGUUUGUUGAAUGUAAAGACUGUGGACGAAAGAUGCAUCAGAUCUGCGUGCUGCACUAUGACGUCAUUUGGCCUUCGGGCUUUAUCUGUGAUAACUGUCUGAAGAAGUCUGGAAAAACAAGAAAGGAGAACAAGUUCUCAGCCAAACGGUUGCAGUCUACAAGGUUAGGGACAUAUAUUGAGGACAGAGUGAACAAGUACUUGAAAAGGCAGAACCACCCAGAGGCCGGGGAGGUGUUUGUGCGAGUCGUGGCCAGCUCUGACAAAACUGUGGAGAUUAAGCCUGGCAUGAAGUCCAGGUUUGUGGACUCAGGCGAGAUGGUUGAGAGCUUCCCUUACAGAACCAAAGCACUUUUUGCAUUUGAGGAAAUAGACGGGGUGGACGUUUGUUUCUUUGGCAUGCAUGUCCAGGAGUACGGCUCAGAGUGCCCCUUUCCAAAUACCAGACGGGUUUACAUAUCAUACCUCGAUAGUAUUCACUUCUUCAAACCACGUUUGCUAAGGACUGCAGUGUACCAUGAGAUCCUAAUAGGUUACCUGGAGUAUGUGAAGAAACUGGGGUAUGUGACAGGUCACAUCUGGGCCUGCCCACCCAGUGAAGGAGAUGACUACAUUUUCCACUGCCACCCUCCUGACCAGAAGAUCCCCAAACCCAAGAGGCUUCAAGAGUGGUACAGAAAGAUGCUGGACAAGGCUUUCGCUGAGAGGAUCUUACACGACUACAAGGACAUUUUCAAGCAGGCAACAGAGGACCGGCUGACCAGUGCCUACGAGCUGCCAUACUUCGAGGGUGACUUUUGGCCUAAUGUAUUGGAGGAGAGCAUUAAGGAACUCGAGCAGGAGGAGGAGGAGAGGAAGAAGGAGGAAAACACAGCCUCCUCUGAGACGACAGAGGGAGCCCAAGCUGACAGCAAGAAUGCCAAAAAGAAGAAUAACAAGAAAACCAACAAAAACAAGAGCAGCGUCAGCCGAGCCAAUAAGAAGAAGCCUGGGAUGCCGAAUGUAGCCAAUGAUCUGUCCCAGAAGCUCUAUGCCACGAUGGAGAAGCAUAAGGAGGUGUUCUUUGUUAUUCACCUCCAUGCUGGGCCGGUCAUUAACACCCUGCCACCUAUCAUGGACCCCGAUCCUAUGCUGACCUGUGACCUGAUGGAUGGCCGUGAUGCCUUUCUUACUUUGGCCAGGGACAAGCACUGGGAGUUCAGCUCAUUGAGAAGGUGCAAAUGGAGCACGAUGUGCAUGUUGGUAGAGCUGCACAACCAGGGCCAGGACCGCUUUGUGUACACCUGCAACGAGUGCAAGCACCACGUGGAGACUCGCUGGCACUGCACCGUCUGCGAGGACUACGACCUAUGCAUUAACUGCUACAAUGCUAAGGGCCAUGAGCACCAGAUGGUGAAGUGGGGCCUGGGUAUAGAUGACGACAGCAAUGGUCAGGGUGGAGAGGCCUCCAAGAGCCCUCAGGAGAGCCGACGUCUCAGCAUCCAGCGCUGCAUCCAAUCUCUGGUCCACGCCUGCCAGUGCCGAAAUGCCAACUGCUCUUUGCCUUCAUGCCAGAAGAUGAAGAGAGUGGUUCAACACACCAAGGGCUGCAAGCGCAAGACAAAUGGUGGCUGCCCUGUGUGCAAACAGCUCAUCGCUUUAUGUUGUUACCAUGCCAAGCACUGUCAGGAGAACAAGUGUCCUGUUCCCUUCUGUCUGAACAUCAAGCACAAACUCCGUCAGCAGCAGCUGCAGCACAGGCUCCAGCAGGCUCAAAUGAUGCGCCGCAGAAUGGCCACCAUGGCUGGAAGGGGUAUGCCCAUGCCAUCGCCACCUACCUCAGCUGCCCCUGACACCCCCAACUCUGUGCAGCAGCCUAAUACACCCCAGACUCCCCAACCCAUGCCCAACCAGCCCCAGCAACAACAACAACAACAACAACAACAACAGCCGCCGCCACCAAACCCUGCCAAUAUUUCCCAAGGUUUCCACAACAAUGGCCGUAGCAGCCAGCCUCCAACACCAGUGACACAGGGCAAACCAGGCCCUCAGUCAUCCCCUCUCCAUCAACAGCAGUCACCUCUGCCUAACAUGCCACACCAACAGCAGCCUCAGCUACCACAGCAGCAGCAACAACAACAACAACAACAGCAGCAGCAGCAACAGCAGCAGCAGCAACAACAGCAACAACAACAACAACAGCAGCAGCAGCAGCAACAGCAACAGCCCUUGCUUGCAGCCCUGAAGGUGGCGAGACAGAUUGAGCUGGCAGCCAAGGUGAAGCAGCAGCAGCAGCAGCAGCAGAAUUAUAACAUGAAUGGAAUGGCUAUGAACCACCAACGUAUGAUGGGGCCCAUGCAAGGCCAAAUGCAGAUGAUGCAGGGGCCACGGGGCCCCCAAGUGAUGCAGGCGAUGCAGCAGGGCCAGUGGGGUCCAGGGAUGCAGAGUCCAAUGCAGAAUCCCCAAAGUCAUCAACCGCAGGUCCCUCCUCAGCAAGGCCCUAUGGCCCCUCAGCAGGCUCAGGGAAAUCCCAUGCCUCCGCAGGGCCAGCUCAUGCAAAGGCCCAUGAUGCCCCAGCAACAGGGUCUCCAAAUGCCCGGGGUCAUGCCUCCCCAGGGGACUUCACAGCAGGGCAUGACGCCACAGCAGCAUAACAUGCCACGGGGAAUACCUGGUAACAUUGCUCCGAGUGCCCUGCAGGAGUUGCUGCGUACCCUCAAAUCUCCCAGUUCCCCCCAGCAGCAACAACAGGUCCUCAACAUCCUCAAGUCCAACCCCCAUCUCAUGGCCGCCUUCAUUAAACAGAGGACAGCCAAGUACCAGGCAAAUCAGCCACAGCAACAACAGCAGGCACAGCAGCAGAACCCUCAGGCGAUGCUGGGGUCUCAGGCAGGUAUGCAGGCCAUUGCAGCCAUGGCAAACCAAGUGCAGAGGCCAGGGAUGGCACCACAGCAGCAGCCUCCUCAGCAGGCAGGGUCCCAGGGCAUGGCAACCAUGGGCCCUCAAGGCCAGAUGAUGAAUCCUGCUCAAAAUGGCAAUCCCCAACUGUACCGCAGACAGCAGAUGCUCAGGAUGCAGCAGCUGCAGCAGCAGCAGCAGGCGCAGCAGCAGCAGCAACAGGGAGGCAUGCCUCAGGGCCACGGUCAGUUCCCCCAGCAGCAGCCAGGGCCAGCAAGCUACUCCCAGCUCCGUAUGCAGCAGCAAAUGGUUAUGCAAGGAGGUGGGGGGCCCAUGGGACAGCUCCCUCCCACAUCCCAAAUGGGCCAACCUGGCAUGGGCAUGGAUGGGCCCCAGAACCUCCUCCAGCAACGCAUACUUCAGCAGCAACAGCAACAGCAGAUGUUAAAGCAGCAGAUGGGCUCUCCAGCGCAGGCCAACUCAAUGAGUCCACAACCCCACAUGCUCCAAGGCCAAGCCCAGGGAGGAGCUCACUUACCUGGCCAAACAAUGGCAAACACCCUGGGAAACCAAGUACGCUCCCCAGCUCCAGUGCAAUCGCCCCGUCCGCCUUCACAGCAGCCCCCGCAUUCCAGUCCUUCCCCACGGAUACAGCCUCAGCCCUCACCUCAGCAUGGCGCCCUUCACUCCAGCUCCCCCCACCCUAACCUUGGAGGCCCCAUGUCAGGGUCCAUGGAGCAGGGACACAUGGGAACACCAGAGCAGAGUGCCAUGCUCCCGCAACUUAACACACCAAACAGAGGGGGGUUGAGUAGUGACAUGGGUAUGGUGGGUGACACGACGGGAGACACGCUGGAGAAGUUUGUUGAAGGAUUGUAGCAUUUUCUGACAGAAGAAAGGCCUUGUUCUGUUUUCAGCUGAGAAAUUUUUUUGUACUUGCUGAUGUAAAAAGCUAAAAAGAAAUACAAACAAAUGAGUCAUAUGAGGCCUACAGACUGUGAACUUUCCUUAAACCAAGGGACUGCUUUUUCUUCCAACACAGAGUGAUUUAAUAAUUGCUGUUGAAAAGAAGACAACAAAGACACAAAGAAUAUAUUUUUGGUUCAGACCAGUCACGCAAGAAUUUUGCGCUGGUCUUUGUGUUGUUUUAAUUUGUUUUUCAUUUGUUAUGCUCUGGUAUUGACUUUUUUAACAAAACUUCUCAAAACAAAAAAUAUUUCAUUUUAUUAUUCAAUUUUUUUUUUAUUUUGUACCUUUGCAAAUUAAUAUCGUAUUUGUGUUGAGAAGACUGUAAAAUUAUUUGUCUGGGAAUUUUUUGCCAGGUUUCACCUCUCGCUCAGUUUCUCUGUUCCUGGCUAAUUUAUUCUAAUAUGCCAUUUUUUCAAAAGGACUGCCUUUAGGAAAGCCUUAAUUUCUUUCCUGUUUGCAGAGUCUAUGGGAGAUUAACGUAUUUGUAUAGAUCUAGGGACAAUUGCACACACCCAAACACAAAAGGCAGGUGUAAAAGAACCCUGCAUUGAAGCUUGUUAAUGUUCACAGGUGCCGGAAUGUUCUUUUUACUGGCUUGGACCCAGAAAUUGUCUUGCAAAUGUUUAAAAAAUUGCUUUGUCUCUCCCUCAGUCUAAAGAGUCAUUCAAUCUUGAACCUCUUUUGCCUGUGGUGGGAAACUAACUUGUUUGACUGCUAAUUUGUGUUCAGAGAGAGUUUUGUGCAUCAUUUUCUCUCUUGCAUUAAACUUGAAUUGAUGAUAAACUGUUCUCUAAUGUAAAUCAUGCAGCUAGACAGUACUGUAAAUAUGCAGAAAAUAAGAAUGAAAUCACUGUACAAACUGGUUCAAAUGGCUCAUUUCGUACUUAUAUACCAUAUUGUUAAAUAAACCUGUGUGCCACAGA